AUGGUGGUGGCGGGGCCUCGAUUGCCUUGCUUCUGCGUGGGGAAUCCCGGAUCUGGAGCGGCUGCUUCAUUGGCAAGGCACAGCCGGCUAGCAGCCGCGCGGGCGGUGGAUCUGGUGUCCCGGCCGCGCGGGAGGCGGGAUCCGGUGGUCGUUGGCGGCCGGCGGCGGCUUCUGGGGGGGACGGUGCGCGCGAUCUGGCGCCUUCCCUCCUCCCCUGUUCGGCGUGCAGUCCAACCUGGUCGGGCCGCGCUUUCUCUUGGUCGCCGGUUCUGUACAGGAGGCGCUGCUGGUGGCGGGGAUCUAGUUCGGGCAAAAUCCCUGACCGGCCAUGACCGGCCGUGCCGACGGCGACGCCUAAGGGCGUCGUUCCCCUCCUUGGAGGCGUUGGUAUGGACUGAUCUCCUCACUUCACCUUCCCCUAGGUCUCUCGGGCGAAAGCCCUAA